CGUUUGAUCGCAGGCUUGAUGAAGUUCCUCCAGAGGCAGCUGAUGGAGUUGCAGAUCAAGAUGGAAGAUCUGGUGGGAAUUUAUCUCAAGAAGAAGAUGAAAGACCUAAUGGAGAUUCAUCUCAAGAUGAUGAAAGACCUAAUGGAGAUUCAUCUCAGGAAGAAGAUGAAAGACCUAUAUAUGGAGAUUCAUCUCAAGAUGAUGAAAGACCUAAUGGAGAUUCAUCUCAGGAAGAAGAUGAAAGACCUAUAUAUGGAGAUUCAUCUCAAGAUGAUGAAAGACCUAAUU